UGGUGUGGUCGACCUUAGGAGUGGGGCUUCUCGACUGCGAGGUGUAUUCUGGACCCGGAUGAGCGUGCCGCGUCUUACCUGCUGGGAGGCAUGGCUCCGGCUCUUGUUGGCCGCUCAGGAGCUCUGUGCCCUCCGCCCUCCUGCCAGGUGUUUACUGUCCAGCCACAAAUGAUGCUUACACUCUGCUUUACCUUUUAGGUGCACGUUCCGGUUCCCCAGCACAAACAUCAAGAUAACAUUCACUGCCCUGUCCAGCGAGAGGAGGGAGAAGCAGGAGGCGCCUGAGUCCCCGGUGAAGCCCGUGCAGCCCCAGAUCUCGCCUCUGACCAUCAACAUUCCAGACUCCAUGGCCCACCUGAUCAGCCCCCUGCCUUCCCCGACGGGCACCAUCAGCGCUGCGAACUCCUGCCCGUCCAGCCCCCGUGGGGCAGGGUCUUCGGGGUACAAAGUGGGCCGUGUGAUACCAUCUGACCUCAAUUUAAUGGCUGACAACUCGCAGCCAGAAAAUGAGAAGGAAGCCUCAGGUGGAGACAGCCCGAAGGAUGAUUCAAAGCCACCUUAUUCCUAUGCACAGUUAAUAGUACAAGCAAUUACGAUGGCUCCAGAGAAGCAGCUCACCCUGAACGGAAUCUAUACGCACAUCACUAAAAACUACCCCUACUACAGGACCGCGGAUAAGGGCUGGCAGAAUUCAAUCCGCCACAAUCUCUCUCUGAAUCGCUAUUUCAUCAAAGUGCCACGUUCCCAGGAAGAACCAGGCAAAGGCUCGUUCUGGAGGAUAGACCCUGCCUCCGAGAGCAAGCUAAUAGAGCAGGCUUUCAGGAAAAGACGGCCUAGGGGCGUGCCUUGCUUUCGAACCCCUCUGGGACCGCUCUCUUCUAGAAGCGCCCCCGCCUCUCCCAACCACGCGGGAGUGCUGUCUGCUCACUCAAGUGGCGCACAGACCCCCGAGAGCCUGUCGCGGGAAGGUUCACCAGCCCCUGCAGAGCCCGAGCCAGGAGCCGCACAGCCUAAGCUUGCCGUCAUCCAGGAGGCACGGUUUGCCCAGAGCGCACCAGGUUCCCCUCUGUCCAGUCAGCCAGUUCUGAUAACUGUGCAGCGGCAGCUACCGCAAACAAUGAAACCCGUCACCUACACGGUGGCCACGCCCGUGACGACCUCAGCGUCCCAGCAGCCCGUCGUGCAGACGGUCCACGUCGUCCACCAGAUCCCCGCGGGGGCGGUCGCCGGCGUGGCCGCCUUGGCCCCGGCGAACACUUACGCGGUCACUGGAGCAGCUGUGGUCACCCAGGCGGCCGUGGGGACCCCUCCCAAGGUGGAGCCGCAGGAGAACGGAGAUCACCGAGAAGGGAAAGUGAAAGUGGAGCCUCUCCCUGCGAUCGGCCAUCCCCCCCCGGGGGCCACCGGCCGGGUCAUCCAGACGUCCCCGCCCACCCCAGUCCAGACGGUCACCAUAGUACAGCAGGCACCUCUAGGCCAACACCAGCUACCAAUAAAAACUGUAACUCAGAACGGGACUCACAUGGUCCCAGUCGCUGCUGCAGUCCACGGACAGGUGAACAACGCAGCUGCAAGCCCCUUACACAUGCUGGCGACCCACGCGUCGGCGUCCGCGUCCCUGCCUACAAAGCGUCAGAAUGGCGAGCCGCCAGAGCAGCCGGAGUUGAAGCGGAUCAAGACGGAGGAUGGAGAGAGCAUCGUCAUUGCCGUGAGUGUGGACGCGCCACCUACAGCCGUGCGGGAGAAGGGCGUCCAGAACUAGGCACGCGCUCUUCUUUCACAGAGUGUCAACUGUGGUGCCAAAAGGAGGCGCGCUCACCCUUCGCGUCAGACGUUCCCCUCAGCGGUAAAGGGCCCUGCGGUUGGACUUCGCCCCUCAGCACUGAAAACGCAAACCCAGGUGGCCUUAAGACUCCUUGAUUUAAAAACAGAAAUCACACUUGAAAAAAAACCACACACAGCAAAACCUUGAUCCAGAGGCCACGGUCUCCUUCCCUGCCGAACCUCGCUGGCCGCGGCACUUAGAGUCACCCUCCAGGCCUCACUUCAGGACUGAGCGUCUCCGGGACAGCAGCGCAUGACUCACGGGACGGGGCCCUCCGCACGGGGACAGACGCAGGCUGCCCCCGUGGCACUCAUGAGCCGCUGCGGCAGGCGCCGGGAGACAGUAUUUUGUUGUUCACAUGUGGAAUUAGAAUAUUUUGAGGCGUACUUUCUUUCUUUACAAAAUAAUGGGGUCGUUGACAUUUCACAUCACUCCAUUUCUACUCUGGAAAUUUUGGAAUCACACAGUACUUUUCAUGUGAAAUUUCACUUGGGGAAAAGAAAGAAUGCAGUUUUUGUUGUUUUCAGCCCAUGGAAUGAUUUCCUCUUGUCUGUCCUGUUAGAGUUCGGAUGACGCGACUCUGUGGUAGCUGCAGAUGGUCUGCGUCAGGGUGGCUGCCUGAUGAACUGACCCACCUCUUUCUGUGUGUGGUGACCCGACACUCCCGGGCUGCAUGUGACGACGAAGCGCGGGGACGGGGGCCUGUGGCCAGCGGGUAGAAAACUGCUGGAGUCGCCAGAGCUGCACUUGACCUGCUUCUUUCUUGCUCCUUCUUGUCGUUUGUUUCUUUGCGUUGACUUUGUCCCUGGCGUCGUUUUCCACUCUGAGUGAAACAAGUCUCGCUAAGUAUUGUAUUCUGUUUAAAACUACAGAACUAUUACCAAUUCGUUUGGGGAAAAAAGAUUCAAUCUUUUAUCACACACCCUUUUCAAACAAAGAUCAAAGAUCUCUCGUGACAUAGUCGACAUUUUAGGUGUCACCACCUGGCUUUAGAACUGACAGCUUGUCCCCGCUCCCUGCGUGGGGUGGACAGAGCUGCGUGUUCACGGAGGCCCCUGGAAGCAGGCACCCUGCAGUUAGCGUUUGGAACGUGGAGGUCGUUUUCUGAUUCACAAUAGGAAACCCCUGGACCUUUCAGAACUGCAUCGAUACUGAGGCUGGCUUCUCUCCUACUGAAGAAGAGCACGUGGCAAGGAGACAGAGGUGAGCAUGACAAGUGGAAGGCCCAGCAUGGCCUCAGCUCAUCCCCGGGAAGAAACCGCUCGUCUUUGCAGAGUGCACUGGGGGUCAGGGCUGAGCGGCCGUGCGCGCAGACAGGGCUUUGGCCUUGCGGAUUUUUUCACGUCGUCAUCAUACCAUUAUUUAUUUAAAUGUAGUUAUUUUGGUAUUUAAUUUUUUUUAAAGAGAGGAGAAAGCCUGUAUUUUCCUGGUGGAAUGAAGCAGCUCAGAAUGGUAUAUUUAGGCAAUUUUAAAACAUUUAUUAUUUACCUAAAGACCAAAUAUGAUAAAUCUCUUCUAAGUAUUGUGUGUUGAUCCACGGCAUGGAGCUGUCACAAUGUUCCUGCAGAUAUGCAUAUUAAAGAUUAUUAGAUCCCGACCCACUAGCUGGCUUUAUAACUCAGCCAUGUCAAAAACAGACACCAUCCUGUGAAUGCCGCCGUCUGUGUGACUGUAGCAAAACCCAGGCCUGCAGCAUGCUGGGAGUCCAUGCGCCUCUGGGCUGCAGCCCUCAGCUUCCAGGUGCUUCACAGAUCCGUUGGAAUGCACCGUUUUGUUUCCUUGUUCGGAAGGUUGGCAGUUUGCAGAAUCAUUUGGACUUUCCUGUGUCCUAUGUGUGGGGUUGGGCCCCUCUAGAGGCGGCAGAGAAGGAACAGCCCAGUGCUCACGUCUUCUGGCAGGGGACCAGCCGGGGAACUUCAGGCGGGUGAAUGGACACAGCACCUUGUGGAGCUGUCUCUAAGGGUACUGUGCCAAGUCCUGCUGUCAUCCAGGAAGUCUCAGGGUGGAUUUGCCCUGCAUGGGUGCAGUCCAGAAAGUGGGUGAUUCUGAGCCUAAAAAAACUUUCUAGGGCUGGAGGGAUUACUGUCAGGAUUACGUGUAAGAGAGUUGUCCAGUUCUUAGAUUUUAUAGAGAAAAAAGCAUGAGUUGUUUUGCUAGAAGGGCAGCAUUCUAAAUCAUCAACUCAGACUAAAAGGUGUGCCUUUUUUCAGGUGUGAGGGUGUUCUUUCCUUUUCCCUCUGGCUGCCGUAUUCAGUCAGCUUAUUCACUGCACAUAGGAAUUUAAGAAUAUCAAGGAGAGGGCAGAAACAAAACGAUGGAUUAGCAAGUUAUCACAUCCCAGUUUUUCUUCCCAGCCUUUAAGGCAGUUUUUGAAGUUGGGAUUGAGCUGUGAAUUCCUAAGAGCCCUCAGCACACCAGGGAUCACUGAACUCCUUCAGGAUGCAGCUGCCGGGUGCUUUCGGGGCCACUGUGUCAACAUCCCAUCUCAUACUCUUGAGUCUCUUAACCCAGAUACACAUGCAGUGAGCUCCCAGCUAUCCACUUGUGAUUGCUGACUGUUUAUUUUGAAGAAGUCUCUGCUUUGACCUUUGCCAAACUUCUGAGCUCCCUCAGGGAAUAGAAACUUAAUUUCAACAGCUUUGGCCAGAACCAAACGAUAAUUCAAAAGGGAAACUCAACGUAGAAUCCAAAUUAUGUGUUGCAUUCCAAAGCGUCCAUGGGAUGAUUUCUGGAUUGAUCUUCCUCUUGCUUCUGUAGAGCAUGCGCGUGGACAGUCGAGCUCCUUAAAUAUACCACCCACUUCCGUCAUUGUCCUCUGCUAGUAUAACAGAGUAGUCGGUAGUUAUGGUCAGAAGGGGGGUGGGGUGGGGGCAGUGUCAGGACUUGGGAUUUCUAUGCUCUGUGACACAGGAUACAAGUAACAAUCUUGAAGUCCUAACUUAGACUAUUCUAGAAAAUACAGUGGUGAUUUGUGUGCAAAGAUUUGAAAUUUUAACAGAAAAGUACCAAGUUCCUGAAAUUCAAUAAAAUAUUUUUAUUAAUUUUAAUUGAAUACAGAGUAUCAUUGUCAUUUUGGUAAGUAUAAACUUCAGCUGGCAUUUCUUUUUUGCUUUUUAACUUUGUACUCUCUCUGAGCACACCAAAGGCCUUAGAGGAUUGGGGAGACUUUCCCAAGGAGUGGCUUUUGAUUACUGGUAUAAAGGUUCUGCUAAUAGACUAGGGUUUGCAUGGGAAAAAGGCAGAGUCACAGGCAGUGCUAACAAAUUCUUGCUGAUUUUAUCUGUGGCACUGGAGUUUUAAAGUUUAUUUUGAAGUUCUGGUUGUCACUACCAUUUCUUCUGAAGAUCUGCCCUUUAGCCUUAAGGAUCAAGAUCAUUGUAAAUAAUUUGGGAUGUAUUCUCCCACGAGAUGAAAGAGAUCUUCCAGAGGUCACUGGUGUUCAAGUUCCUAAACCGUAACACUGUAAUCAUCUUACUACUAGAAACUCUGUGAUACGGCUUGUUGAUGUGCUGAAGCGUUGUCACAGGGAAGGAGCAAUACUGACAAUAAUAACCUGGAGGCCUCUUUGGGAGCUAAAAGUGAAGCUUAAAUUUAGUGUACUGGGGAAAAAAUUCAUAAGUGGAGGUUGCCUACACUGAUACCUGAAUUUAAAAACAGUUCAUAUUAGCAUAAAAGAAUUGUUUAUCAUAUACUGAGACUAUAUAUCCUCUUAACAAAAGGAAGCAGUCAUUCCCAAUUUAUUUUUGUCAGAUCUGUUGUCCAUGUUAUAUUAAUAGAUAACUUUGAAAUGCAUUACAGUCUUAACUUUCCUCUUUCUCUCUUAGGAAAAUCGACUCUUAAUUUGUUAGGUUCACCUUGUUGAAGGUAAAUGGAGUCAAAGAAGAGGUGACAGCUAUUCUAGAACAUAACAUAGCUUUAUUUUUUUAAAAAAAAAAAAAGAAAA